UCCUGCUUUGAGCUCAAUACGUUUUAUCAGAGUGCAUAUGUGAGUGUCACGAGCCUGUGUUGAAUUUUAAAGUUCAUUUCGUUUUAACUCAGGCGAACAUGAAGCCGCGUCCUCGCGUUACUCGGACAAAAUGGUCUGACAGACUGAACGCUGAGCCAGAACGUUCUGGUAAAUGCAGGUGGCAUCGAGACGAAAAGAAGAAACUUCUUGUUGCCCUUAACAGACUGAACGGCAGGGCCGCCGGAGGAAAAACAGACAUUGACUAUGCCUUCCUGAGAAAAUACCUGCCUACUCGGUCCCUUUCAGAGAUCCAGUCUGUGGUUGAACUUCUGAAGAACAAAGUGCUCUUAAAUGCCAGGUUGAAGCUGAAAAAGCAAAGGAGGGAGGAGAGGAAUGUCAGAAAACCCAUUGAAGAGUGGACAUACAUGGCUUCUUCUUUAGUGGGAACCCUUGAGCAAACUAUUUCCACUGCUUUCUCUCAGAUGCUGAUAGUGUCCUCUACAGAGCCUUGCACUCUCAGAAAUGGUGACCCUCCCCAGGUGCACAGACCACCCACAGAUGGUCGUACCAUCCCUUUGAGGCCAAUGCCGGUGCCAGUGCAAGGUAAGGAUUGGUACACAAAGGCAGUCCAGUCACCCAAGACUCCAACACCAACCACAAGGCCAUCCAACACACCGCCAGCACCAUCUCAAGCUGCAUCUCUGACAGCGAUGCCAGAAAAAGGACCGCUUCAACCAUCUUCUCAGUCUUCAGCAUCUCCAAGUCUUGGCAGGUCAAUAAUCAAGACCACCGAGCCGCAGCCCGCCACCAUCGCUAUCACCUCCACCUCUGAGUCUUUGUCUUCCAGCCUUAAUUUGCCUGUCUCUUGCUCUGCCACGACCCUUACUUCAGUCCCUGGUUCUGUAUUAUCCACCGUUGCCUCAACCUCUUCAGCCAUUUCCAGCUGCUCCUCAGCCACUACUCUCCCACAGUCCGUCUCCGCCACAGCGUUUCAUGCCAAGUUUGGUCGGACCAGCAAAUAUGCCACAAAAGACAGUCCCAGGACGUUUGGUGUCAAGUGUGUAGUGGACUUUGAGAGGAUCUAUGGCUUCUUAAGUACAAUUCAAAAGCCCAGUCAGGAUUGUCAGCUCACUCCCAUGGAGAGUGCUAUCGUGUUGGACCUUUUAAUGUCUCUCCCAGAGGAGCUUCCCCUGCUAGAUUGCAACAAACUGCACAAACAUAUGAUCCAGAUGCACCAGUGUCUCUCUGCCCCCGCUGACUCUAACAUGACAAGAAGAAGGUUUCAAGAACUGGAUGAUGAACUUUGUACUCAGUCAAAGGCACUAGUUCCUCAAGACCAUCAGAGUCCUACAGGAACUACGGACAGCACUAAUGUCACAGGCGGUGAAGGAAAAGAAUCACAGAUACACAAAGCCGACAGCCAAUCAACACAGAGCUCUACCACAUUUAGCAAAUUAGAUUAUUCAAAUGUGACGCCCCCUCAGCUUAACCCUUUUAUUGUGCCGCUGACACUGUUAAAGCGUAGAUAGGAAUCCAUAAUUAUUUAGACAUUAUUAUUGUUGUAGUGAUUUUAAACCCAUUACUGAGCUUUCAGCUCAUCACAGUAUGUUAAGUGUAAAAAAAACUCUAAGUUUUUGCUAAUUGAUUUUCUUUAUUUAUUUUUUGAAUUACGUGGGUCGUUAUUUCAAACUUUCUGCCUUUAUUAAGUUGUAUCAUUCAGGCAAAGCUGUUCUUUCAGCUGGUUAUGUUAAUACAAUUAAAUGAAUGCAUUUGGGACAUUUAGCUUUUUUUAAUUUUAAAUUGAAAUGUUUCCUGCAGAUAACUGUUUGGCUUUUUAAUAUAAUUAAACAACACUUCCAAACAGCACUUUCAGAUUAGCAUCUAUGAGAAUGGCUGAAUGUAAUAAACUAUAUUACCAAGAGUAUUCCCUCACCUACCCAAAUCCUUUAAUUCAGGUGUUCUGAUCACUUCCACGGCCACAGCUGUAGAAGAUCAAGCUCCAGGCCUGCAGACUGCUUCUAAGUACAUUUGUGAAAGAAUGGGUCGCUGUCAUGAGCUCAGUACAUUCCAGCGUGGUACCGUUAGAGGAUGCCGGUGCAAUGCUGAAUAUUCCACAGUCAGUCAGUAUAACAAAGUGAAAACGUCUGGGAAUGAAAGCCUCCAAAUUAGCUCGAGAGCAGCACAUAGACAGCUUCAUUGAACGGGUUUCCGUGGCUGAUCAGGAAACCCAUGUAAGGCUGCAUCCGAGCCUUACAUGAAAUGUUUUGCAUGCAGUGGUGUAAAGCACUGGACUCCAGAGGAGUGGACACAUGUUCUCUGGAGUGAUGAAUCACACCUCUAACGUCUGGCAGUUUGGGUGGAGGAGUCUGGAUUUGGGGACUGGAGAACAGCAGACCUGACUGCAUUGUGCCUGCCUAUUUCAGCAGCUGCUGGGACCUGGAGGAGGAAGAGCAAUAGAAAUGCAGCUCAUUCGUUGGUAACUGUUACCAAUGAUUGACCUACCAACAGUUCUGUUCAGCACUGUCCAUGGAAAGCAUUGUAAGUAAAAUAUCUGCACAUUUUGAUGAAUACAAAAAAAAUUACAGGAAGUUGGAAACGUAACUUUAUUGAGUAGACCUGGGUUUGAAUGGUAGUGUCACAAAUUUAAAAAACAUGAUAUAAAAAAUGACAAAUGAAAUUAAUACAAUGGAUAUUCUGUCCUCACAAUUGCUUGUCUGAGAAAUGUUAGUUAAAAAAGUUCAAUAAACCUGUAUUCUUGAAAA